GUGCAGCCGGCCAGCGCCAUUGAGGAGCCGCGGAGAGGAAGCGCCGCGCAGUGCCGGGCUGGGGCUGGCGGUCCGGACACCGACAGAUUCUUCUGUGACCAUGAGAGAGAGAAAUAAAGAAUAAUCCAUGAGUUUUAAACACCUUGUCUUGAGGAUAUAGUCAUGUUGGAAGGUCUUGUAGCCUGGGUUCUUAAUACCUACCUGGGGAAAUAUGUCAAUAACCUGAACACUGACCAGCUCUCCGUCGCACUUUUGAAAGGUGCUGUUGAAUUAGAAAACUUGCCUUUAAAGAAAGAUGCCUUGAAGGAACUGGAAUUACCAUUUGAGGUCAAAGCUGGCUUAAUUGGGAAAGUGACCCUUCAGAUUCCCUUCUACCGCCCCCAUGUGGACCCUUGGGUGAUCUCCAUCUCCAGCCUUCAUUUAAUUGGAGCCCCUGAAAAAAUACAGGAUUUCAAUGAUGAAAAGGAGAAGCGGUUGGAAAGGGAGCGCAAGAAAGCUCUCCUUCAGGCCCUGGAAGAAAAAUGGAAGAACGAACGCCAGCAGAAAGGGGAAUCUUACUGGUAUUCAGUCACUGCCUCAGUAGUUACGAGGAUUGUGGAGAACAUUGAAUUAAAAAUUCAAGAUGUCCAUUUGCGCUUUGAAGAUGGUGUCACCAACCCUUCCCAUCCGUUUGCAUUUGGCAUCUGCAUUAAGAAUGUAUCCAUGCAAAAUGCCAUGAACGAGCCUGUACAGAAAUUAAUGCGGAAAAAGCAAUUAGAUGUGGCAGAGUUUAGCGUCUACUGGGAUGUGGAUUGCACUUUAUUGGGGGAUUUGCCUCAGGUGGAGUUACAGGAGGCCAUGGACAGGAGCAUGGAGAGUCGUGACCAUCACUACAUCUUGGAGCCCGUUUGUGCAUCUGCUCUUCUGAAGAGAAACUGCUCCAAAGAGCCUCUGCGCUCUCGGCACACUCCCCGAAUCGAAUGUGAUAUUCACCUGGAGACCAUUCCCUUGAAACUCUCUCAGCUGCAGUACCGGCAAAUCAUGGAAUUCCUCAAGGAGCUGGAGCGAAAGGAGAGGCAGGUGAAAUUCCGAAAAUGGAAACCCAAAGUGGCCGUGUCUGAGAACUGCCGAGAGUGGUGGUAUUUCGCUUUGAAUGCCAACCUGCACGAGAUCCGGGAGCAGAGAAAGCGCUGCACAUGGGGCUUCCUGUUGGGCCGGGCCCGUGACGCCGUGUCUUAUACCGACAAGUACUUCACCACGUUGAGAGGAGGCUUGCUAUCUGCAGACGACAAGGAGGAAAUGUGUCGGAUUGAAGAGGAGCAGAACUUUGAGGAACUGAAGAUAUUGCGUGAACUGGUACAUGAGCGGUUUCACAAGCAGGAAGAACUGGCAGAGAGCCUACGGGAGCCUCAGCUGGAUCCUCUGGGAGACUCUUCUGGAGACCCAGGCCCUGGGGGAAGCAGCGGGAUGCUACAGUACCUUCAGUCCUGGUUUCCCGGCUGGGGUGGCUGGUACGGGCAGCAGAGCCCUGAAGGGAAGCCAGUGGAGGGCCUGAUGGCGGAGCCGCAAGAGCAGUGGACUCCCGAGGAGAUCUUGGCCUCUUCUUCCUCAUGUUCAGGCUCCGAGGAGUUUUUUGACCCUACUGCGGAUGCCUCUUGUAUGAACACAUACACAAAGCGAGACCACGUCUUUGCGAAACUGAACUUGCAGCUGCAGCGAGGGACCGUGACUCUGCUGCACCAGGAGCAGGGGGCUCCCCAGAUGAACCAGAGUGCUUUCAUGCAGCUUGAGUUUUCAGGUGUAAAACUUCUAGCAGAAUCUCUUCCUCGAAGAAACUCCUCCUUGCUCUUGGUCCGGUUGGGUGGACUGUUUCUUCGAGACCUGGCUACGGAAGGAACCAUGUUUCCUCUUCUGGUCUUCCCUAAUCCACAAAAGGAGGUUGGCAGAGUCUCCCAGUCUUUUGGACUCCAAACAACAUCUACAGACAGAAGCCAUCAUUAUCCUGCUGCAGACCCAGAUGACCCAGUUUUUGAGAUGCUGUAUGAGAGAAAUCCAGUGCACAGCCAUUUUGAGAGGCGGCUGAAUGUCAGCACAAGGCCCUUGAACAUCAUAUAUAAUCCCCAGGCUAUUAAAAAAGUAGCAGACUUUUUCUACAAGGGAAAGGUUCAUACCUCAGGUUUCGGUUAUCAGUCUGAACUGGAGUUGAGAGUGGCUGAAGCUGCGCGAAGACAGUACAACAGACUGAAGAUGCAGACCAAGGCGGAAAUCCGGCAGACUCUUGACCGAUUGCUAGUGGGUGAUUUCAUUGAGGAAAGUAAACGGUGGACUGUGCGACUGGACAUUUCUGCCCCUCAAGUGAUAUUUCCUGAUGACUUUAAGUUCAAGAAUCCUGUGUUGGUUGUUGUGGAUCUAGGAAGAAUGCUGCUGACCAACACCCAAGAUGACUCCAAGAGGAAGAGUGGGGAUGGGUCAGCAUCGGAAGAGAAUCAGUUCAGUGAUGAUGAAUAUAAGACCCCUCUUGCCACACCUCCCAAUACCCCACCUCCUGAGACUAGCAGCAGUAAUGGGGAGAAAACACCUCCAUUUUCCGGAGUCAAGUUCAGUGAAGAGCAGCUUCAAGCACAUCUAAUGAGCACAAAGAUGUAUGAGAGGUACUCGCUGUCCUUUCUCGACCUGCAGAUCAUGGUUGGACGUGUGAAGGACAACUGGAAACAUGUCCAGGAUAUUGACGUGGGACCUACCCACGUGGUCGAGAAAUUCAACGUUCACCUCCAGUUAGAACGUCGAUUGAUUUAUACGUCAGAUCCCAAGUACCCCGGAGCCGUGCUCUCAGGCAACCUACCAGACCUGAAGAUCCACAUCAAUGAAGAUAAAAUAUCUGCUCUGAAGAAUUGUUUUGCACUCCUGACCAGCCCAGAAACUAAGACUUUUGACUCUCAGAUGAAGGAGAAGAUUUUUCCCCAAGGGGGACAGCGAGGAAGUUUGCAAGACUCCGUGAUGAACUUGACCCAGAGCAUUGUGAUGUUGGAGCAGCAUACUCGGGAGGUCCUGGUGGAGUCACAGCUCCUCCUGGCUGAGUUUAAGGUGAAUUGCAUGCAGCUUGGUGUUGAGAGCAACGGCCGGUACAUCUCUGUGCUCAAGGUGUUUGGCACCAACGCUCACUUUGUGAAGAGGCCUUAUGACGCUGAGGUCUCCCUCACCGUUCAUGGUUUGCUCCUGGUAGACACCAUGCAGACGUAUGGCGCUGAUUUUGACCUUUUGAUGGCCUCUCACAAGAACUUGAGCUUUGAUAUCCCGACAGGAAGCCUCCGGGACAGCAGGGCCCAGUCUCCCGUCUCUGGGUCCAAUGUGGCCCACCUCACGAGUGCUGCCACACGGAACAACCAGUCAGCCACUAGUAUUUCUCUGGACAGAGUUCUCACCAAAGAACAAGAGUCCCUCAUAAAACUGGAAUAUCAGUUUGUGAGUUCAGAGUGCCCGUCCAUGAAUUUGGACAGCACCCUUCAGGUGAUUUCAUUGCAGGUGAAUAAUUUGGAUAUCAUCCUAAAUCCAGAGACAAUUGUGGAACUGAUUGGUUUUCUUCAAAAGUCUUUUCCCAAGGAAAAAGAUGAAUUGAGUCCUCAACCUUUAAUGACUGAUUUUGAAAGAAGCUUUAGGGAACAGGGAACUUACCAGUCUACAUAUGAACAAAACACGGAGGUUGCAGUGGAAAUCCACAGGCUUAACUUGCUGCUCCUUCGGACGGUGGGAAUGGCAAAUGGAGAGAAGUAUGGCAGAAAGAUUGCGACAGCGAGUAUAGGUGGCACCAAAGUUAAUGUCUCCAUGGGCAGCACAUUUGACAUGAAUGGUUCUCUCGGCUGUUUGCAGCUUAUGGAUUUGACACAAGAGAAUGUUAAGAACCAGUAUGUUGUCAGCAUUGGAAAUUCCGUAGGCUAUGAAAAUAUCAUCAGUGAUAUUGGCUUCUUUGAAUCUGUGUUUGUCAGAAUGGAAGACGCAGGCCUCACUGAUGCUCUGAGUUUCACCUUUGUUGAGAAAUCUAAACAGGAAUGUUUUCUCAACCUCAAGAUGGCCUCCUUGCAUUACAACCACUCCGCUAAAUUCUUGAAGGAGCUGACAUUGUCCAUGGAUGAGCUGGAAGAAAAUUUUCGAAGUAUGCUGAAAAGCGCAGCCACCAAAGUCACCACGGUCCUAGCCACUAAGACAGCUGAGUACAGUGAGAUGGUGUCGCUCUUUGAAACUCCCAGGAAGGCCCGGGACUCCUUUUUCUUAGAAGAAAAUGAACCAUGUGGGUUUGGCCUAGGUGGGUCUCAUUCUGACACCGUAAAGCUCAUCUUGAACAUAAACAUUGAAUCACCAGUGGUUUCCAUCCCUCGGAAGCCUGGGAGUCCUGAGUUGCUGGUAGGACACUUGGGACAGAUCUUCAUCCAGAAUUUUGUGGCUGGAGAUGAUGAAUCCAGAAGUGACCGUCUGCAAGUGGAAAUCAAAGACAUUAAAUUAUAUUCUUUGAACUGCACCCAGUUGGCAGGCAGAGAGGGCCCCGGGCCGGAAAUGAGCCGGGCGUUCUGCCCUCUGUCUGGGUCUACCAAUGCCAAUAGUCAGGAGGAAGCUCACUUCACCCGACAUGAUUUCUUUGAAUCUUUGCAUAGAGGUCAAGCUUUUCACAUCCUCAACAACACGACCAUUCAGUUUAAACUGGAGAAGAUCCCUGUAGAGAGAGAAUCUGAACUGACUUUCUCACUUAGUCCAGAUGACCUGGGAGCUUCUAGCAUCAUGAAGAUUGAAGGAAAAUUUGUCAAUCCAGUUCAGGUGGUGUUAGCAAAACAUGUAUAUGAGCAGGUUUUACAAACGCUGGACAAUCUGGUGUAUAGUGAAGAUCUGAAUAAGUUUCCAGUCAGUGCAGCCUCCUCACCCUGCCCUAAUUCUCCUCUGCCUCCCCUCAGUACCUGUGGAGAACCUUCCGCUGAAAGGAAGGAGAAUGGAUUGUUCAGCCACUCCAGUCUUUCUAACUCUUCUCAAAAGUCCUUGUCUGUGAAGGAAGUCAAAUCCUUUACCCAGAUUCAAGCCAACUUUUGUAUAUCAGAGCUUCAAGUUCAGCUCAGUGGAGAUCUGACUUUGGGGGCCCAGGGUCUUGUGAGCUUAAAAUUUCAGGAUUUUGAUGUGGAAUUCAGUAAAGACCACCCCCAGACUUUAUCCAUUCAGAUUGCCCUGCGCUCUUUGCUGAUGGAGGACUUACUGGAGAAGAAUCCAGAUUCCAAAUAUAAGAACCUGAUGGUGUCUCGGGGAGCCCCAAAGCCAUCUAGUUUAGCACAGAAAGAGUAUCUCUCUCAGUCCUGCCCUUCUGUAUCCAACGUGGAGUAUCCAGACAUGCCUCGGUCUCUCCCUUCUCACAUGGAGGAAGCGCCCAAUGUGUUUCAGCUGUAUCAGAGACCCACCUCGGCCUCCCGGAAGAAGCAAAAGGAAGUCCAGGACAAGGACUAUCCCUUGACCCCACCUCCUUCUCCAACGGUAGAUGAGCCCAAGAUACUUGCGGGAAAGAGUAAAUUUGAUGAUUCCUUGGUCCAUAUCAAUGUAUUCCUGGUGGAUAAGAAGCAUCCAGAAUUCUCUUCCAGUUACAAUCGAGUUAACCGGAGCAUUGAUGUUGAUUUUAACUGCUUGGAUGUGCUGAUCACACUGCAGACCUGGGUCGUGAUCCUAGAUUUUUUUGGAAUUGGCUCCACUGCAGACAACCAUGCGAUGAAGGUGCCGCCUGAGGACACCCUACCAAACGUGAAGUCAGAGUCAAGUGCAUUAGCGGAGUCUGAACUGCAGGAUCCAGUUAACACCAAACUGGAUCUCAAGGUUCAUUCACUUUCUCUCGUGCUGAAUAAGACCACCAGUGAGCUUGCCAAGGCAAAUGUGUCCAAAUUAGUGGCACACCUGGAAAUGAUUGAGGGAGACCUGGCCUUACAGGGAAGCAUUGGGAGCCUGUCUCUGAGUGAUCUUACCUCGCAUGGAGAGUUCUACCGAGAACGCUUCACUACGAGUGGAGAAGAAGCCCUCAUCUUCCAGACUUUCAAGUAUGGCCGGCCCGACCCUCUCCUCCGGAGGGAGCACGAUGUCCGAGUGAGCCUCCAGAUGGCGUCCGUGCAGUACGUGCACACCCAGCGCUUCCAGGCGGAGGUGGUGGCCUUCAUCCAGCACUUCACUCAGCUGCAGGAUGUGUUAGGGCGCCAGCGAGCUGCCAUCGAGGGGCAGACGGUGAGAGAUCAAGCACAGCGCUGUUCACGGGUUCUCCUGGAUAUUGAGGCUGGUGCUCCUGUUCUUCUUAUCCCAGAAAGUUCCAGAUCAAAUAAUCUGAUUGUAGCAAAUUUGGGAAAGUUGAAAGUCAAGAACAAAUUUCUCUUCGCUGGUUUUCCUGGGACCUUUACCUUACAAGAUAAGGAGUCUGUGCCUUCAUCUUCCCCAACUGGUACUCCCAAGCACAGUGUGAGGAAAAUGACAAGCACGGAGGACCUGAAGGGGACCCACUCUGAGGGGCUGAUCAUGAUGCCUCCUGCUGUAAUGAGUCCAGGCAGCUUGAAGAGCGAGUCUGUGCCCAGCACCUCGACCAAGCAGCAAGGGCAGGCAGCCACACCCUCUGUCGGCCGAGCUUCCAGCAGUCCAGAAGACCAUGUGUGCCUGCUGGAUUGCAUUGUUGUUGAUCUCCAAGACAUGGACAUCUUUGCUGCAGAGAGACACCCACGAGAGUAUUCCAGGGUCUCAGAAGACAGCAGCGGAGAUCUGAUCUUCCCCUCCUAUUUCGUGAGACAGACAGGAGGAAGCCUCUUGACCGAGCCCUGUAGGCUGAAAUUGCAGGUGGAAAGGAAUUUGGACAAAGAAAUAAGUCAUACGGUGCCAGACAUAUCUAUCCAUGGCAAUCUCUCCUCAGUCCACUGUUCUCUGGAUUUGUGCAAGUACAAGCUGAUCCGGGGUUUAUUGGAGAACAACCUUGGAGAGCCCAUAGAGGAAUUCAUGAGGCCUUAUGAUUUGCAAGACCCAAGGAUUCACACUGUUCUGAGUGGAGAAGUAUACACGUGCAUGUGUUUCCUCAUUGAUAUGGUAAAUGUAAGUCUGGAGCUAAAAGAUCCAAAAGGAAAAGAAGGUGCUGGGUCCCUAGCCAGAUUUGACUUCAAGAAGUGUAAACUGCUCUAUGAGAGCUUUUCCAACCAAACCAAGUCCGUUAACUUGGUUUCCCAUUCCAUGAUGGCUUUUGACACCCGCUCUGCUGGGCAGAAGACCAGUCCUGGUGUGACCAAUGUGUUCACCUGCAUCUUUCAGCCCUCUAAAAGCAGCAGCACCACCCAAGGCUCCAUUCAGAUCGAACUGCACUUCAGGUCUACAAAGGAUUCCUCCUGUUUCACAGUUGUUCUCAACAAUCUCCGUGUGUUUCUCAUAUUUGACUGGCUGCUGCUGGUGCACGAUUUUCUCCAUACCUCCAGUGAUGUUAAGAAGCCAACUAAAGUUACUCCUUCUCGCCACCGUAACUCGAGCAGCGAGUCUGCUGUAAUGCCCAAAACUGUGAAAAGUGGAGUAGUUACCAAACGGUCUUCCCUCCCUGUGUCCACCGAAAGGCACCUGGAGGUCAAGGUCAACGUAACAGGCACAGAGUUUGUGGUCGUUGAAGAUGUAUCCUGUUUCGAUACCAAUGCCAUCAUUCUCAAAGGCACUACCGUGCUCACCUACAAGCCCCGAUUUGUCGAUCGGCCCUUUUCAGGAAGUUUGUUUGGCAUUGAGGUGUUUUCAUGCCGACUAGGGAACGAGCACGACACAGCUCUUUCGAUCGUCGAUCCAGUACAAAUUCAUGUGGAGCUGGUAGGAAAUUCUUCUUACCAGAAUAGUUCUGGAUUGAUGGAUGCAUUCAAUAGCGAAGAUUUUCCUCCCAUCUUAGAGAUUCAGUUACAGGCCCUGGAUAUCAGACUCUCCUAUAAUGAUGUUCAGCUGUUUCUUGCCAUUGCAAAAUCCAUCCCAGAGCAAGCUAAUGCUGCGGUGCCAGACGCGGCAGCCUUGGAGGCCAGCUCCGUUCACAGUUACCUUCCCGGUGCUUCUCGAGGGGGCGAGGAGGUCAGAGAAGGGACAAGACACACCUUAGACCCUGUCUUGGAGUUACAGCUGGCUAGGCUGCAGGAGCUGGGGUUUAGCAUGGAUGACUGCCGCAAAGCUCUCUUGGUGUGUCAAGGUCAGCUGAAAAAAGCAGCCAGUUGGUUGUUCAAGAAUGCUGAACCCCGGACAUCCCUUUCCCUGGCCUCCAACAGCCAGCAGAGCCAGGGGGCGGCGCCAGCCCGGUUGAUCUCGGGCGUGGAGAUGAAAGCUGAGAGCGUGUGUAUCUGCUUUAUCGAUGACUGCAUGGACUGCGACGUGCCUCUAGCCGAGCUCACCUUCUCCCGUCUGAAUUUUCUGCAGCAUGUAAGAACUAGUCCCGAAGGCCACGCCCACUUCACCCUUUCUGGAGAUUAUUAUAACCGUGCUCUGUCAGGCUGGGAGCCAUUUAUUGAGCCCUGGCCAUGCUCCGUAUCCUGGCAACAACAGGCCGCAAGUCGUCUCCAUCCUCCUCGACUGAAGCUGGAAGCCAAGGCCAAACAGCGCUUGGAUGUCAACAUCACCUCUGUGCUAAUUGACCAAUACAUAAGUACCAAGGAAUCGUGGAUGGCAGAUUACUGUAAACAGGACAAGGAAGUAGACCCCACCCCAUCUGAAGACUGGAUGGGCUCGUCAGUGGAUCCUCCAUGCUUUGGACAAACAGAGAUGAAAGCCCCCAAGCGCCGGCAGCCGUUUGUCCCUUUCGCUCUGAGGAAUCAUACAGGCUGCACUUUGUGGUUUGCCACCCUGACCACCACGCCCACCAGGGCUGCACUGUCUCACAGUGGGAGUCCAGGUGUGGUUCCGGAAGGGAACGGGACGCUUCUGGAUGAUGCUCACAAUGUUAGUGAGUGGCGAGAAGUCCUGACGGGUGAAGAGAUUCCCUUUGAAUUUGAAGCAAGAGGAAAGCUAAGACACAGACACACCCAUGACCUCCGGAUUCAUCAACUGCAAGUGAGAGUGAAUGGCUGGGAGCAAGUGAGCCCAGUGUCUGUGGACAAAGUCGGGACCUUUUUCCGAUAUGCUGCACCAGAUAAGAAUUCCUCAUCCUCUACGAUUGGCAGCCCGAGCAGCAGGACGAAUAUUAUCCAUCCCCAGGUUUAUUUCUCUUCACUCCCACCCGUCCGGGUCGUCUUUGCAGUGACCAUGGAAGGUAGUGCUCGGAAGGUGAUCACGGUCCGAUCAGCCCUCAUUGUGAAGAACAGGCUUGAGACGCCGAUGGAACUGAGAUUGGACAGCCCGUCAGCUCCAGACAAGCCUGUGGUCCUUCCUGCCAUCAUGCCAGGAGACUCUUUUGCUGUGCCUUUACACCUUACUUCUUGGCGACUGCAGGCCCGGCCCAAAGGACUGGGCGUGUUUUUCUGUAAAGCUCCUAUUCACUGGACCAAUGUAGUGAAGACUGCUGAAGUUAGUAGCAGCAAACGAGAAUGCCACUCCAUGGACACGGAGAAAAGCCGGUUCUUCAGGUUUUGUGUGGCCAUAAAGAAGGAGAAUUACCCAGAUUACAUGCCGUCCAACAUAUUUUCUGACAGUGCAAAACAGAUUUUCAGACAGCCGGGGCAUACCAUAUACCUCCUGCCGACAGUGGUCAUCUGCAACUUGCUACCUUGUGAACUUGAUUUUUAUGUUAAAGGAAUGCCCAUUAAUGGGACACUGAAACCUGGCAAGGAGGCGGCUCUCCACACAGCUGAUACCUCCCAGAACAUUGAACUGGGGGUGUCCCUGGAGAAUUUUCCACUCUGCAAAGAAUUGCUCAUUCCACCCGGAACCCAAAACUAUAUGGUAAGAAUGAGGCUCUAUGACACCAACCGGCGGCAGCUGAACCUUACCAUCCGGAUUGUGUGUCGAGCAGAAGGAUCUUUGAAGAUCUUCAUUUCGGCUCCGUAUUGGUUGAUUAACAAAACCGGGCUACCACUGAUCUUCAGACAGGACAAUGCGAAGAUGGAUGCUGCAGGCCAGUUCGAAGAACACGAGCUGGCCCGGAGCCUGAGCCCUCUCUUAUUCUGCUACGCUGACAAAGAGCAGCCAAACCUCUGCACGAUGAGAAUCGGAAGGGGGAUUCACCCUGAAGGCAUGCCAGGCUGGUGUCAGGGCUUCUCCCUGGAUGGUGGUAGUGGCGUCCGAGCUCUCAGAGUCAUCCAGCAAGGAAACCGCCCAGGGCUGAUCUAUAACAUUGGUAUUGAUGUCAAGAAAGGCCGAGGCCGAUAUAUUGACACCUGUAUGGUCAUCUUUGCUCCCCGUUACCUGUUGGAUAAUAAGUCAUCCCACAAGCUUGCAUUUGCACAGAGGGAAUUUGCCAGGGGACAGGGAACAGCCAAUCCUGAAGGUUACAUUUCCACGCUUCCUGGUUCCAGUGUGGUAUUCCACUGGCCUCGGAAUGACUACGAUCAGCUGUUAUGUGUCCGGCUGAUGGAUGUUCCCAAUUGUAUUUGGUCUGGAGGCUUUGAAGUCAACCAGAAUAAUUCCUUCCAUAUCAACAUGAGGGAUACUCUGGGAAAAUGCUUCUUCCUGCGUGUGGAAAUUACUCUCCGAGGAGCUACCUAUAGGAUCUCCUUCAGUGAUACAGAUCAGUUACCCCCUCCUUUCCGAAUUGACAACUUUUCUAAGGUCCCGGUUGUCUUCACUCAGCAUGGCGUUGCUGAGCCCAGGCUCCGCACUGAAGUGAAGCCCAUGACUUCUUUGGAUUAUGCUUGGGAUGAACCCACCCUGCCACCUUUUAUUACUCUGACUGUUAAAGGGGCAGGUUCCUCUGAGAUCAGCUGCAACAUGAAUGAUUUCCAGGAUAACCAGCAGCUUUAUUAUGAAAAUUUCAUUUACAUUGCUGCUACAUACACGUUCUCUGGUUUGCAGGAGGGGACAGGACGGCCUGUGACUUCCAACAAAGCCAUUACUUGUGCAGAGCUUGUCUUGGAUGUCUCACCGAAGACACAGAGAGUCAUUUUAAAGAAGAAGGAACCAGGGAAGCGCUCUCAGCUGUGGAGGAUGACUGGAACAGGCAUGCUGGCCCACGAGGGCUCUUCCGUGCCUCACAACCCCAGUGAGCCCUCAGCUGCCCGCUCCGCCGAGGGCUCUGCCAUCUUGGAUAUAGCUGGUCUCGCUGCAGUCACUGACAACAGGUAUGAGCCACUAAUGCUUCGGAAGCCUGACCGUAGGCGGAGCACAACCCAGACUUGGAGUUUCAGAGAAGGGAAGCUGACCUGCGGGCUACAUGGGCUUGUGGUCCAGGCCAAAGGAGGGCUGUCUGGUUUGUUUGAUGGAGCUGAAGUUGUUCUUGGUCCGGACACUUCCAUGGAGCUUCUGGGGCCAGUUCCACCUGAACAACAAUUUAUUAACCAAAAAAUGAGGCCUGGUUCUGGAAUGUUGUCCAUCAGAGUUGUUCCAGAUGGACCAACUAGAGUGCUCCAGAUAACAGAUUUCUCCCAACGGAAAAGUGACCGUUCAUCAUAUGAAGUGGAUGAACUUCCUGUUACUGAACGAGAGCUGCAGAAACUAAAGAAUCCAGACACAGAGCAGGAAUUGGAAGUGCUUGUGAAGUUAGAAGGUGGAAUUGGGCUGUCUUUAAUUAAUAAAGUCCCAGAAGAACUGGUCUUUGCAAGUCUUUCGGGAAUCAACGUGCACUACACACAGCUGGCCACCAGUCACAUGCUUGAACUCAGCAUACAGGAUGUACAGGUGGACAACCAGCUCAUUGGCACCACUCAGCCCUUCAUGCUCUACGUGACCCCUCUGAGCAACGAGAAUGAGGUCAUUGAGACAGGCCCGGCUGUGCAGGUGAAUGCGGUGAAGUUCCCCAGUAAGAGCGCACUGACCAACAUCUACAAGCACCUGAUGAUCACAGCUCAGAGAUUCACGGUACAAAUUGAGGAGAAACUGCUCCUCAAGCUGCUGAGUUUCUUUGGCUAUGAUCAAGCUGAAUCAGAGGUGGAAAAAUAUGAUGAAAACCUCCACGAAAAGACAGCUGAGCAAGGUGGGACGCCAAUCCGAUACUACUUUGAGAAUCUCAAAAUCAGUAUUCCCCAGAUCAAGCUGAGCGUGUUCACCUCCAACAAGCUUCCACUGGACCUCAAGGCCCUGAAAAGCACCUUGGGAUUUCCAUUGAUUCGAUUUGAAGACGCCGUGAUCAAUCUGGAUCCAUUCACUCGAGUGCAUCCCUAUGAGACCAAGGACUUCAUCAUCAAUGAUAUCCUCAAACAUUUCCAGGAGGAACUCCUUAGUCAGGCAGCUCGGAUCCUGGGGUCGGUGGACUUCCUUGGCAACCCCAUGGGGCUUUUGAAUGACGUUUCUGAAGGGGUGACUGGACUGAUAAAGUAUGGAAACGUUGGGGGCCUUAUCAGAAAUGUUACCCAUGGAGUAUCAAAUUCUGCUGCCAAGUUCGCGGGGACUUUAUCAGAUGGCUUAGGGAAGACGAUGGAUAAUCGGCACCAGUCGGAGCGGGAGUACAUCAGAUACCACGCGGCCACGAGUGGCGAGCACCUUGUGGCCGGCAUCCACGGGCUGGCUCAUGGUAUCAUUGGUGGACUGACCAGUGUUAUAACCUCAACCGUGGAAGGUGUGAAAACAGAAGGUGGUGUCAGCGGUUUCAUAUCUGGCCUUGGGAAAGGGCUUGUUGGCACUGUCACCAAGCCAGUGGCAGGUGCCCUGGAUUUUGCAUCAGAAACAGCCCAGGCAGUGAGAGACACAGCCACGCUUAGUGGCCCCAGAGUGCAUCAUGUGAAAUGCCAGGCUGGAUGAAGCACAAGCUGAAAUCCAAGAUUGACGGGAGAAAUAUCAAUAACCCCAGAUAUGCAGAUGACACCACCCUUAUGGCAGAAAGUGAAGAGGAACUGAAGAGCCUCUUGAUGAACGUGAAAAAGGAAAGUGAAAAAGUUGGCUUAAAACUCAACAUUCAAAAAGCAAAGAUCAUGGCAUCUGGUCCCAUCACUUCAUGGCAAAUCAAUGGGGAAACAAUGGAAACUGAGAGACUGUAUUUUCUUGGGCUCCACAAUCACUGCAGAUGGUGACUGCAGCCAUGAAAUUGAAAAACGCUUGCUCCUUGGAAGAAAAACUAUGACCAACCUAGACAGCAUAUUAAAAAGCAGAGACUACUUUGCCGACAAAGGUCCAUCUAGUCAAAGCUACAGUUUUUCCAGUAGUCAUGUAUGGAUGUGAGAGUUGGACUCUAAAGGAAGCUGAGUGCCGAAGAAUUGAUGCUUUUGAACUGUGGUGUUGGAGAAGACUCUUGAGAGUCCCUUGGACUGCAAGGAGAUCAAGCCAGUCCAUUCUAAAGGAAAUCAGUCCUGAAUAUUCACUGGAAGGACUGAUGUUGAAGCUGAAACUCCAAUACUUUGGCUACCUAAUACAAAGAACUGAUUCAUUUGAAAAGACCCUGAUGGUGGGAAAGAUUGAAGCCAGGAGGAGAAGGGGACGACAGAGGAUGAGAUGGUUGGGUAGCAUCACUGACUAGAUGGACAUGAGUUUGAGCAGGCUCCAGGAGUUGUUGAUGGACAGGGAAGCCUGGCGUGCGGCAGUCCAUGGAGUCGCAAAGAGUCAGACAUGACUGAGCAACUGAACUGAACUAUAUUCGUGAAUCCCAGAGUGAACAGAUUUAGGAUUGUGCCAUGUAGAGUCAUCCUGAUCUCAAAGGGUUAUACUCGAAUUUUUAGUGCCAUGGUCAAUAUAUGAAAAAAGCAGUUUCCGUAACACACGAGGGCCUGCACUAAAGAAUGUCUGUUUAAACUUUCUGUUGGCUGAAGUCUGUAACUAAAUUUCUUCACAUGCAAAUGGUUUUAACUCCUCCAUUCCCCAGCUUCCCAACUUGGACCUCAGGAGGUUAACACUUUAGUUAAGUUUCAGAGAAGUAGGAAUCCUCUCUUGCCUAACAGCAAUGAUAAGGAAGUAGGGGACUGUGGGAAGAAUUCCUUUAGUCCAUCUCUGUUUCUACUAAGAGUAUGUCUAGAUCACCCCGUCUGAAAGGGACCUUCAUGAGACCACAGGGUGACUCCGUGUCCUCUUACAGCAAAUUUGAGCUCCCUCCUAUGUCUGUGUGGACAGUGAGCCUUGAAUGCCACAGCAAGCAGCUCCAGGCAGCAGGAUCUGAGCACUCCCUCCAACCUUCCCUUGGUGUUUGGUUGAUCCCGGAGUGAGGACCUUGGAAAUGGGAAGAUAGUUUGGAGCCUGUUGGGGAGACAGAUAAGAAAACUUAACAAACAGGCAACGCAUACCCAUGAGGGAACAACUCUGGCAUUUGGGUGGGUUUAGAGUUCGAAAGUUAGAAGAUAACGCACUGGACGUAGAGGGAAGACUGGAUCACAGAACUCUGGGGAAGGUGUGGAGGGAGGCUACUGAGUCAAGACCAUCUGUAGGCACCAGACAGCUAUUUGGUGACAAUAGAGGGCCGCUUACUUACGUUUACAACUGUUCUGUGGUCGUUAUUUUUGGGAUGUGGUUCUCAGGAGCGCAGAUCCAGAAACGGGCCACCUCUCCUUGCGUGCUCUGGCUUCUCGGAUCUCACCCGAGGAGGGCAGGACUUCACUGAGUUUUCUCCUCCUUGGUAGCAUGUUUUUCCCCCGCUUUGGGCACUCAUGAAAAGAAUGUUUCUUCUAAGGAAAACAUGUGUCAACAGAGAUGUUACUGUCACGUCUCUGCCUUCAUGUACCUUCUUUGUUUUGACUAGUUGACUAGCCAGAUACACCCUUGACCUUUCCCUCAGGAAGUUGGGAUUUGAGCUGGUUCAUAUUUUGCUUUAAUUUUGUUGGCUUUCAAAGCUUAGCAUUCAUGGUCUAUAAUCUCUUCAGCAAAGUUUGCAUAUCACCUCUCAUUUUUAGCUCAGUAGUCAAAGUGGCCUUUAUACCUCUGCCCACCCCCACCUCCAAGUGCCUUCAUUCAUCUAUUCAGCUAAUACUGCUGAUUCUCUACGAUGAACCCAGGAAUGAAACAAAAUCCCUCCUCUCAUGGAGCUUACAUUCCAGGUGGAGAGCCAAGCAAUAAGCAAAUAUUUUUAUUUAAGUGGAAUGUGAAGCAAAUGUAUUUUGAGUUCAUGGCCAACUUAACCUGACUUGUUUUUGAAACAACUUGCUGUGAGGAGAAGGACAGGAGUGGAAACAGAAAGAAUAAGUUAGAAAACUAUUGGUGCAAUCCAUUCCAAAUCCAGAGAUCAUUUGUCAGUUACAAGAGCGAUAGAGAAAGAGAGAUUUGGGGCACAUGUGAAAGUUGAGCCUUCAACCCUCCCAGUAGAUCCAGGAGGACGUAGGGAGAGGAGUCAGGAUGCAGCCUUACAUUGAAAGACGUAGAGGAGCAGGCUUGGCAGGCCUCCUGAGGGCCUUUGGGCUUUGGCCACAGCACCCAGGCCUCUUCCAAGAGCUUCAGGGGUGAUAGGAUAGUAAGCCUGACUUGAGGAAAAGAUAUGUUUUUAGCCUGUCCUAGACAGUGUUUGAAAUGACGGUAGAUAUUUCACUGGACCAGGAGAUAAGAACAGAACUCAGCUACCUGGAAAAGCUCUCCUCACUCCUUCCCCUGGUUUCUCUCCCACGCAGUGUUUUGCCAGCAUCCUUACAACAACAGUUGUCAGACUUCUCUCUGAGGGUUAAUGGCAGCCCUCUCUGCCACCCUCCAUAUUUUCAGUCACUUGCAUGCUCAGUCACUCAGUUUGUGUGUGACUCUUUGUGACCCCAUGGACUGCAGCCUGCCAGGCUCCUCUGUCUGUGGGAUUUUCCAGGCAAGAAUACUGGAGUGGGUUGCCAUUUCCUUCUCCAGGGAAUCUUCCUGACCCAGGAAUCGAACCCUCGUCUCCUGUGUCUCCUUCGUUGGCAGGCAGAUUCUUUACCGCUGAGUCACCUGGGAAGCCCCCUUCAGUCAGUUGUUGGGAUCUAAAUAGCCAGCGGUGUGCCUCUGUCUUAAAGAAGGAAUUGCGACUGUGCACAGCAGGAGUGUGUGACUAUAUCAUGUAAAUAAAAUAGGGUGGUUUGUUUCUUUUUACCUGUUCCCUUGUUGCAGAUGAUCAGAACUUCUUUUUAGUCUCACUCGGAGAACACAAUUAGUAGUAGUAUUCUUGGGGUAUCCUUUUUACUGAACUUUUUAUGAAAUUAAUCACUGGAUUUCUGGUUUCCAAGCCCAAAUCAAGCAUUACCCAGGUAUGGUGCUUGAGACCAUGUGGCCUGGUAGGCGGAGUGUUGACGUGGGCCCAGGAGGGCUUUGAGUUGUCCCAUCUUUCCAUCUCACCCAUGGCAUGGCCUGUGGCAGAUUUCUGUUUUUCUCCCUGUUUUUUUACCCUGAUUUGCCCACCAGGCACUUUCCUGGCCCUGCAAGUAAGUCUCUUUUAGUUCAUGAUUCAGGAGUGGCAAGCCUCGGCCUCUGAUUUAGAUGUGUCUAGAGAGGGGUGUUUUGCUUCACUGGAAUCCAGGAACAAAUAAUGAAAAGUACACCAAGUACAAGGCCGAGGACAGACCAGGCACACUCUUAUCAGUCAUCUGAAAUAUGCACAGCCUUUCCAAGACAAAUAUGGACUCCUGUUUCUAGGAAAACACCAGAAAGUACUUAUCAAUUACCCUGUAUAUGGUUUGUGGAAAAAGACAACACCAGCCUACCCUGAAAGCCAUAGCAAAGCAGAUUCCUCUGGGCAACCGACAGCUGAAGACCGUGAGUUAGAGCCCAGCCUGUGGCCUGGGACUGGUCCACAGAGCCUCUUUCCUCCCUCCUGUGAUGCCCGUGUCCCUCCCCCGACACCAGGCAGCUGAGCUCCUCCUGGAAGAUGAGGAGCCCGGUGUGUUCUCACUCACGGCCAAAGCCUCUCACUCUUCUUCCUGACCUUUUCCAAGUCUAGAGGUGUCUCUCCAGAGAUCCCUAGAAAAAUAGAGGGUGACCCAGUGGAAGUUCAAUAAUAAUAGCAGUGGCAAGAGUCACCGUUGGCAGAAAGCCCACAUUCUGUCCAGCCCAGGCUUGGUGGGCAUAGUUUUGUUUGAUCCUUGCAGCCAUCCUGCAGGGUAGGUACUGCCCUCCUGUUUUACAGAGAGAACUAGAACUGGGGGUUGAAGAAGUGAACUGACUCGCCCAUGAUCACAUGUCUGGGAAAUGGCAACGGUGAAGUUCUUAUUCAAAACUGGAGAUUUUAACCACUUCAAGUGCGUUCACAGGGGAUACUGAAUGUGGAUUUAAUGCUGGUCAGCAGAUUUAGAGCAUGUCCUGUAUGAAGUGGCAUUUUUAUCUUAGACGAGGAAGGAAGGGAAGUCAUUUUAGCAUUAACACGUAACCUUUUUGCUUUUCUGUCCACCU